ACAGAGAACAAUUUUCGUCCUGAGGCUGCAAUAGAAGUUUUUAAGGAGUUUCUCUUAAUACGAGUGCCGAACAUUCUCUCAGACAGAAAAGUCGCCGUGACACGCAUCAAGAAAAUUAGUUUUAUUCUUUGCACGUCCUGGUUUAUUUACCAGCUAUGCAAGUUCACUGCUCUGUACUUUAACUAUCCAACGGAGAAAGAUACAGAAGUUCUGUAUUCAAACGUUACGUAUACAGGAGAUUCCAUACCAUUUGUUAAACCUGCUCUCAUUAUCUGCAAUAGUAAUCCCGUGAAAAGAGAAAGAUUUUGUUUUCAUAAACCUGAAGAAUGUUAUACUCCAGAGAAUGUGACAGAGUUUUGCCUGAAAUACAGCUACUAUUGUAAAAGGUCCAAGCUCCCGACGAACUUUUCGGUUGGUGUUUCUUCCCAGAUACCGUUUGAAGAUUUGCUUCCUUUUGGGCAGAAGGCGAAUGAAUUCAUAUCCGUAGUUACUUCUGGAAACAGAGAUAUCUUGACGAACGUCUCAGAGCAGAUGUAUGUUCACUUCGAUAUGGAUGUUAAACGUUGGCUACUUUGCUAUACUUUAGACUACCACCUGGUUAGCAACAAAUAUCCCUAUGAGUUUGAUGCCAAAGAGGAAGCAAAGCAUGAUUUAAGCCUCAAUUAUAUAACGAUAGAUUUUGACACGAAGAACACUGCUAAUUGUGAUAUUGUACCAGGGGGACUUCUUGGUGUAGGUUCCCCAUUUGAACCAUUUAUUCCGAAGCUUCGCAUCAAGUCUGGAAUGAAAUAUACUAUCAAAGUAAAAUUGGAAGAAGAGAACAGAUUACCUUGUCCUUAUCAUACAAACUGCCGAAAUUAUUCGGAAGACUGGCUGAUGGGUUACAAGAGUGGACCACGUUCCAGAGAAAUGUGUAUUUACUCAUGCUUACAAGAGAGAGCCAGAGAAUCAUUUUGCGAACCCUGCAUAUCCAGAUACUUUUAUCGAGAAGGUGUUUUUCCGAUCAAGUGGAUGUGCAAUGAUACCUGCGAACCAUAUCGACACAGUACUGAGCCCGAAUUCGAUAUAUAUGUGGAUAAGGAGAAAUGUUCAGCGCUUUGUAAAGAUGCUUGUUUAAAAUACAGUUUUUUCUAUUCAGUGGAUAAAGUUCUCGAAUCUGCCUGGCCUGAUUCCUUUUCAUGCAUUGAGAUAAAACUGCAGGAUCCUCCAGUCAAAAUUGUCUCUCUCAAACCAAGAUAUAAGCCAAUCGAACUUUUCAGCUACAUUGGUAGUUACAUGGGUCUGUGGUUAGGAUUCUGUGCCAUAACGAUGAAUCAUUUUGUCAUUUCUCUCGUUUUCAUUGUCUGGAUUGCAGUGAAGAGGAGCAUUCGGAGAUGCAUUUCUAGAUUUAAGAAAAUGAACGUUCCAAUUUCAGAUGAUAUAGGCCAUUUGGAAACUCGAAUAUAAGCUACGACGAACUCGUAUCGAAGCCUCUUGGAAAAUCUUAAAACUUUCUCUUUUUCGAUAUUAGAUGUGUCAACAGAUGCGUUGAAGAAUGCAUGUAAAAGAAAAAAAGAAUAUUGUUCCUGGAUAAUAAAAAUCAGCAAAAAUAAUU